AUGGCCAGCUCAGAUGAAGGAAGGUCAUUGGAAAGCGAGUAUCAAGUGUUCUUGAACUUUAGAGGACCGGACACUCGCACUGGAUUCACUGACUGCCUCUAUCAUAGCUUGAUUGAUGCUGGAAUUUUCGUCUUUCGAGAUGACGAAGAGCUCCGUGUUGGUGAUAGGAUCGAUGAGUCGCUUCAACAAGCAAUCGACAACUCCAGCAUAUACAUACCCAUUUUCUCUCGGACCUAUGCUUCGAGCCAAUGGUGCCUCCGCGAACUCAUUCAGAUCAUGGCAAACACAUCUAGAUCAGAAGGUAAUAAAAAGAUCUUACCUAUUUUCUUCGACGUGGAGCCUGACGAUAUUAAGUUGAAAACUCCGUUGUAUAACGAUGCCAUGCUCAAAUUGGAGCGCGAGAAGAAUUUGAGCAAUGAGGAAGUAAAAGAGUGGAGAAAGGCUCUCAUGGAGGUUGACGCGAUAAAAGGGUGGGAAGUGAAAAAGUACCCCGGCCAAGGCAAGCUGAUCAAAUUGGUAGUUGAGGAGGUCGUGAAAAUGCUGAAGACAAAGCAUAAACCGGUGACGGAAAAGUUAGUUAGAGAUGAUGAUCAAGUAGCAGCAGUAAGUGAAUUGUUAGACAUCGACUCCAACGAUGUGCGAUUGAUUAAAAUUUAUGGUAUGGGCGGUAUUGGUAAAACGACUCUCGCGAAAAUUGUCUUCAACGAAUUCUCUUCUCAUUUUGGAAAGUGUUGUUGUUUCCUUGAAAAUGUUCGAGAGAAAUCAUCAAGAACUUAUGGUUUAGUUAAGUUGCAAAAAGAGUUAUUAUCGGAAAUCAGCCAUUGUGCAGGAACAAGGGGCAUUUAUGAAAGUGAUUAUGGAAUGAAGAGGGCCGAAGACAUACUUUGGAAUAAGAAAGUCCUUAUCGUACUUGACGAUAUUGAUAAUGGAGAACAAGUAGAACAAUUACUUGGAAGGAGAAAUUUGUAUCCAGGAACUAGAAUAUUGAUUACAACUAGAAAUCAGGAUAUUAACGCCCCAAAGUAUCAAUUUUUUGAUUAUGAAAUGGAGGAGAUGAAUACUGAUAGAGCGUUUGAGCUUUUCAGUAGGCAUGCAUUUGGCAGUGUCUUUCCUCCAAAUUAUUAUAAUGAUCUUUCAAGGGAAAUUGUAUUAGCUACCGGGUUACUUCCUUUGACUCUUGAAGUAAUUGGCUCAUUCCUAUGCAACAAAAAAAUGACAAAACAAUGGAAAGAGACAUUGGACCGAUUGAGAAAAGGACGCGUCGAGAAUGUUUAUGAAAAGUUAAAGAUCAGUUAUGAUGCCUUAAGUUCCGAGCAACAACAAAUUUUUCUUGAUAUCGCAUGCUUUUUCAUCGAUCAAGAUAAGACAAAUGCAAUUUACAUGUGGGACACUUGUGAGUUCUACCCACACUCUGGAGUUGAGAAACUCACUAGCUUGUGUUUGGUAAAGAUUUUGGAGAACAAUGAGUUCUGGAUGCACGAUCAACUCAGAGAUCUUGGUAGGGCUAUUGUUUACAAGGAAAAUCCAAUGAAUCCUGGAGAGCGUAGUCGAAUAUGGACUCUUAACGACGCUCUUGAUGCAAUGCGGACAAAAGAGAUAAAAAGAAUGUUCAAGCACUAUAUAUUGAUACAAUACAUGAACCAGGUUUCCCUGAGGUCACUAUUAAAAGUGAAGAGAUUGAUGGCAAGAAAAUUGAAAGUUCUUUCUCUUAGCUGUUGCCAUAAAAUAAAUGGAAAACUAGACUUCUCCAAAUGCCUUAAUUUAGAGAGGCUUAAUUUCAGAGCUUGUGACAAUUUGAGGAAAAUUGACGGCUCUAUUGGAAAGUUGAAGUAUCUGAUUGACCUGAAGAUUGAUUCUUGCAAAAGUAUUGAAUAUUUGCCGGAAGAAAUUGGUGACCUAGUGAAUUUGGAGCACUUCGCUGUAGAAUAUUGUGCAGUGCGUAAUUUACCAAAUUCCAUGUGGAAGUUGAGAUCAUUAUGUGAGUUGUCUUUUGUGACGGGAUUGGGUCUACUGUGGGAGUUACCUAGAGAUAUUGGAAUAUUUCAGUGGGAGUUACCUAGAGAUAUUGGAAUACUUCAGAAUCUGGAAGUGCUUGAAGUGAAUGAUCCUUAUUUAAAAGGUCAAAUUCCUUCGGGAAUCGGAAGAUUGUCUACUCUAAGAAUCCUAAAUCUAUCAGAUGAUUGCGAGCUAUCGAUUGGGUGGGCGCAUUUCGGGGAAUGCUCCGUCCCCCACCGCUGCUCCGUCCGGGAUUACAAGCGUUUUAAGAUCAGUAGAAAGGUAGAUGUAUCACUAACAGAAUUGCCAAAGGAUUGCAACGUAGAUAUCUUCGACCAUGGGAAAUUAGCUGAGGCUAAGAAACAAUCCGAUGGCUCCAUCCAGUCUUGCAAGCACUAUAAGGACCAUCCUCAGGAGCUUUACCCAAUACCAGACAGAGCACAGAUUUCGAGAGGCAAACCGCUGUGCUGA